AUGGCAUCCCCAAACACACCAAAGCCCACAUCCACCUCCCCCGCAGGCGCUGCCAAAACACUCCAACGCCGCCCUGCCCGCCGCGACAUGUCCAACCCCGACCCCACCGCCCGCCGCAUCCCCAUCCCCAGCAUGCUCCGCUCCGCCACCCUUCAGCCCCGCCCUCGCCCCACACCUCCACCUCCCACCACUGAGCCUGAAAGGUCCACAGGCCCCUAUACUCCCUUCGCCAACCGCGGCCCCUAUGUCGUGGACGAUCCAGGGCCGUAUUGGCUAAGGCUUGAUGACUCGGAACCGGAACCUGAGAGCAGCCCAACGAUGAUACAGAGACGAAAGACUUUUGCAGAUAGGGGUCCGUAUGUACUCGAGAGUACGGUCAGGGCAGAUGUGGUGCCCGAUAGGAGUCCCACGGUGUCGCCAGUUUCUAUGCUGGAGUUGCCUAGAUUUGAUAUUGGCAGUAGAGUCUCGCUCGGAGAGAUCUCGGAGGUCAGUGUUCGGAGCGUUAAAGGCUCUAUUCACCAAGAAAACAGCAAAACAUCCACGUUCAAAAGAACCUCUCCAAGCACCUCCAGCACCACAAGAGCCAGAGCAACCCGCCUCCAAAACCUCACCCCCGAGGAGGCGCACGACCGCUUCCAAGAUCCCAUCGAGAACGACGGCCGCUUCGACGACCCCGUCAUCCCCAUGCGCAACGUUCUCACGCGCUCCGGCACAAUCCACCAAGAACCCAUGCCCGACCCCAUCCGUGUGCUCCCGAAAAUGUCGCGCUCGCAGUCGCUGUACAUGCUUCCCACACUCGCCAAUCUCCCCGCGGCGUAUUCGCUCACGUAUGAAGAGCGCUUCGAUAUCUUUGCGGGCUUUGACGGCAUCGGGAGGCAGAGGACACCCUUUGAUGAUGAGAGUGAGGGGGAUGGGAGUUCGGUGGUGGCGCAGGCGAGUUUGACGAGGGAGAGUACGCCCGUGUAUCAGAUCAGAGGGACAGGGGGGAGAGAGGUGCAGAGGGUGGAGAGGAUGCCGUCGAAUCCGGAGUUUGGGCCGGUGAGGUUUGAGAGGAGUAGGACGGGGUUGAGCUUUUUGAACUUUGAUGGGUUUGAGGGGGGGAUAAGGGUGGUGACUCCGGAGGGAGAUGUUGGAGAGGUGCCGAGUGAGGUUGAGGAAGCCGAAGUUGAAGCAUAG